ACAGAAUUGAUGAUGAUGUAAUAUAAAUAAAAACCAGGGCCCACAAAACCUUGUACACGUCAUCAGUCUUGUAAUCAUUUGUCCUCGUAUACAAAUUUAACUGUCUCCCCCUUUUGUACGUCAUCUUAUCUUAUGGCCGGCUUCUGAAUUUAGUAUUGUCAUUUUCCUAUUUCCCUCUACUAUAUAUAUACAUAUAUAUCAUCACUUCAACAAAAUACAUCCAUAUCAUAAUUUUAAUGGAGGAUCCAAGGAAAUUGGAAGAAGGUCUUCAUGCGGCGAAGAAGAAUGACGACGAUAUUAGCAACGAGAAUAACGAGCAUAAUAAGAGCGUGACGAAAUCGGAACCGGUGGCGGAGGAAAAGAGAGAGGAGGAGCCGCCACUAGUAAAGCAAAAGGCGAAGAGAGUUGCGACUUUGGAUGCCUUUAGAGGACUCACAAUAGUGUUGAUGGUGCUUGUGGACGAUGCUGGAGGGGCGUAUUCGCGAAUCGAUCAUUCGCCGUGGAACGGAUGCACAUUGGCCGAUUUUGUUAUGCCGUUUUUCCUAUUCAUCGUUGGAGUCGCCAUUGCUCUUGCCCUUAAGCGGAUUCCGAAGGUUAGUUAUGCGGUUAGAAAGGUGAUUUUGCGAACACUGAAGCUACUUUUCUGGGGAAUUCUUUUGCAAGGAGGGUAUUCUCAUGCACCGUACGACUUAGCUUACGGAGUCGACAUGAAGCUAAUCCGAUGGUGCGGCAUUCUCCAGAGAAUAGCUUUGGUAUACUUUAUUGUGGCUUUAAUCGAAAUCGCGACAACCAAGCUCCGGCCAACGAGUCUCGAUCCUGGACACUUCUCGAUUUUCACCGCCUAUAAGUGGCAAUGGGUCGGCGGGUUUGUAGCGUUUGUAAUAUACAUGGUGACGACAUUUUCAUUAUAUGUUCCCGACUGGAGUUUUGUGGCGAAGGACGACAGCGACAAACUCGAAAAAUUUACCGUAAUAUGUGGGAUGAGAGGGCAUUUAGGACCGGCAUGCAAUGCCGUUGGAUAUGUGGAUAGACAGGCCUGGGGUAUUAAUCAUCUUUACAAUCAGCCUGUUUGGUCAAGAUUAAAGGCUUGCACUUUUAGUUCUCCGGAUUCUGGUCCGUUUCGCAAGGAUGCACCUACAUGGUGUCGCGCUCCGUUCGAACCAGAAGGGCUGUUGAGCUCAAUUUCGGCGAUUAUUUCGGGUACGAUCGGGAUUCACUAUGGGCAUGUGUUGAUUCAUUUCAAGGGACAUGCAGAAAGGCUUAAGCAGUGGGUGUCGAUGGCGCUUGUUUUGCUAAUUGUUGCCGUAAUUCUUCAUUUUACGGACGCUAUUCCCAUCAACAAGCAGCUCUACAGUUUCAGCUAUGUUUGUUUCACUGCUGGUGCAGCUGGCAUUGUUUUCUCUCUCUUCUACCUAUUGAUUGAUGUAUGGGGAAUGAGGAAGCCCUUCUUGUUCUUGGAAUGGAUAGGGAUGAAUGCGAUGCUGGUUUUCGUAAUGGCCGCUCAGGGAAUAUUUGCAGGAUUCAUCAACGGCUGGUAUUUCAAGAAUCCAGACAACAAUCUGGUGAACUGGAUUCAACAGCACGUCUUCUUCGACGUCUGGAAAUCCGAGAAAGUGGGAACUCUGCUAUACGUAAUAUUCGCAGAAAUCACAUUCUGGGCAGUCGUUUCUGGGAUCUUACACAAACUCCGAAUCUACUGGAAAUUGUAACUAAACUACUACGUCUUUUACGCAAAACGAACUCAAAAAAAGAUUCCAUUUUUAUAUACAUACUCGAUUUUUCUUGCCAAU